CAGAAUUCAGUAAUUUCAAGCCAUUCAUACAAAAAACAUGGAACUGAAAAGUUUAAUAGUUAUUUCGAUACUUUUUGGAUCAUCACUUGCAGAAGGUCUCUCCUGUAAUUACAAAUAUUGGUAAAGUGUUGAAGGAUACCUUUAUAGUUGUGAAUUAUCUAUUCAAAAUCCGGAAGGGUUUGAUAACUUUACAUCCAUUGGUGGAACUCACUUGGAAGGUCGAUCGGAUUCAGAAGUUUUAAACAUUUUAUCGAGACUAAACUCAGUAUCGCCAGUUUUUCCAAGAAUAUUGUGCUCACAAUUUGAAAAUAUAAAUGAAAUUAACAUUGGUAUGCUCUACCUUGAAAGAAUCCUUGAGGAAUCUUUUAGCAACUGCUUGAAUCUUAAGAAACUUGUGUUGUAUUUUAACCGCAUCGAAGAUUAACACGAAAGAGCUUUUAUCCAUAAUACUAAAUUAAAUACACUUCGCUUAAGUAGCAACAGAAUUGCUAUCAUUCCUGAAAAUAUUUUUGACAGCUUAGUGAAUUUAAAUUAUUUAGACAUUUCUGAGAAUCCAAUCGAAUUCAUUCCCGAUGGACUUUUUAAAGGUUUGAUUAACUUGGAGAUGAUUGUAUUGAAAAGCCUCAAUAUUCAUUCAAUAAAUCCAGCAUGGUUUGAUAAUAUACCCAACUUGAAAGGACUAUCACUUUAUAACAACAACCUCACAUCUUUAUCUGAAGAUGCAUUUGCUAAUUUAGGAAACCUUUCGAUACUUUCUAUUGAUACUAAUCCAAUAGGAGAUAAUAUAGCACCAGAAACAUUUUCUAAACUACCAAAUCUUCAACAAUUGUAUAUCGGAGGUAUCGGAAUGACUAAACUUAAUACAGACUGGUUUAAAUCAUUAUCAAACUUAGAAGAACUGAACACGUACAACAAUUUAUUGGACUCAAUUCCUGAAGGAAUAUUUGAUAACCUAACAAGAAUGAAAUAUCUCCAUUUGGGUGGCAAUCGACUCACAGAAUCUAGAAUUCCUGGAAAUGUAUUCGAUAAUUUAUCACAGCUUUCGGAAUUGAUUGUCGAAGUGAACAAUAUUGAGAAUCUAAAUCCCGAAUGGUUUCAAAACCUUCAUCAACUAUCAGUAUUGAGUUUAAAUGACAAUAACAUUGGUAACUUGCCAAAUGGAAUUUUCGCUCCAAUUAAUAAUCUCCGUCAACUUAAAAUGGACCAAAAUAACCUUAAAACAAUUAAUCGCGAUGCUUUUGGGAAUAUUCAGAAUUUAGAAACUGCUUCAUUUGAACAAAAUCAGAUAAAUGCGAUUGAUGAACGAUUUUGGAGAGAAGCUGGUCCUUUAUACUCAUUUCAUUUAGAUAACAACAUUUGCAUAAGCGAUAGAUUUUAUUCAUUUGGAAAUAAUCGAAACUUGACAGCAUUUAACAUUUGUACCAGGAACUUUGAACUUAUUUUUGAAACAACUACAGAAAGAGGGCAUCCUUAUAAAUUCUUUCAAGUACCAAGCACCACUGGAAUCAAUCUUCGUGUCAAAACAGAUCAAGAAGUUCACAUCUCCUUAACAUCAUUUAACUUUCUAUGGAAUCCAUCAAUUGAAAUCAUCAUUGGAACUGGCAACAAUACAUUAUCAACAGUUAUAAGGAAUCAAAACACUCGAGUAGUUGUUGUUCAAAGCCCAAAAAUCAUAAGACUUGGACAAUGGACUGGAUUGAGAAUCACAUGGGUUAAUAAUAUUAUUUUAGUCACAAGGGAAGGACAGGAAUAUCCAUUUUUGGCUUAUAGCAUGGAAGAUAUUUUUCCUAUACAGUUUUAUGGACUUCAAUCUCCUGAAAGUCAAGCUGAUUGGAGUAUUCUUCCAAUUUAUGUAGAGACCAUUCCAACUGAUGAUGUCUAGCCUAUUCAGAGAACCACUUAUGGUUCAUGUGAAUUCCUGAUUCUAUUUUAAUCAUGUCUGGAAAUCAAUAAUUAAUCAAAAAUAUUAAGGAUUUUUCAAUAAAAAUAAUCACUU